AGGGAGAGAGGGGAAGAGGUACCGUAAGAAACAAAAGACCGAAAUGGCGAAAAAGCACAAAAUCAAGUUCCCGAAACCAACUCUGGACCCACACUCCUAUUUCAAAAAUACCUCUCCAUGUGCUGCCGGAGCUUCCUCAGCAGGAGGGGACACAAGUGUGAACUCAAUCCUGGCAAAACUCCGCUCCGAAGCUCCAGGCGUUGCCAGGCCCUCUCCAGCAGCACCCUCGGUCCCCCCAGUUCUCCAGGAAAUUCUUGAAAAUGCGGCUCCGCCGCCACCACCCCUCGCACGGAGAAUCGUUGUCGGAGCCGGAGUGGGAGGAAGGACGAGGGGGAGGAUACCUGGCCCACCGCCUCCAGCUUCCUGGCUACGCCCAGAGGUGCAAGUUGACCAGGAUCCCAUCGGAGGGGGCGAGCAGCAAAGCGUGGGAGAGGGAGUUCUAGCCCGUGUGGUGGAGUACCCGUUAUCAUACCUCCCAGGAAUGACCCCCGUUGACGACCGUGGACUCCUACACUACGCUCUCAAAGCCAUGUCCCUGCGCUGGGAGGAGCACAUCCUGUACGACCAGCACUGGCUACAGUAUCUACCGCCGAAUGUGAAGACCCUGCUUCUUUCUUAUAUCGCGACAUUCACCCCUUCUGGCGUAACACUCUCAGGGUUAAGAGUGUUGUUCAAGUUCCCAGACGAGGACAUCACGACGUUGGAACUAUCAAGGAGUUUAAACGCCGAGUUGACACUCCCACAGCUUAUGCGUUUCCUCCGCCCGAACAGACACUCCCAGGCGGAGGUUUUAGCGUCUUGGGAAGACGAGAUGGACGACAUGAAGGAGUACACCGGUAAGGGCUAUAUGACGUUAUUCCCCAACCUGACGCAUUUAUCGCUCGCACAUCCGGACCCCCCAGUCCCGUUUUCUCAGCUAUUGGCGUUCACAGCAUCCAUUCCGCCGACUAUUACCCACCUCUCACUCGCGGGAUGGACCCAGGGCGUGCCGGACGGUAUGAGGCGGCUUGCAAGAAAUCUGCUCGGGCUGAAGUGGUUGGAUGUGAGCAAUUGCCAUUGGGUAUUGUACGAGCAAUUAAAGGAUGUGGAGUGGUGUGGACCAUGGAGAAACGUGGAAACCGUCGUCGCGAGGCAGCGAGGGGAUGUUCCGCCAGCCACGAAGGCAGCGAGGGAUGUGAUGGUGAAGGAGCUGAAGAGUUCCAUUCGCAAGAUUAGGAAUGAGAGGGGUGGGAAGUGGUGUGAUGUUAUCCUUGAUGAGGACAGGGAUAAGGAGAACAUCGCUCUUUGAACAUGGUGGUGGUGGUGGUGGUUUUUUUUUUU